AAAAAAAAAAAAAACCCGCUUAGGCCGUACACGUUAGCAAAAUCCCCUGUAUCAUACGCCGCCUGGGAGGAAAAGCAGACGCAACUCAGAAAAUCAGGACCUUGGCGCUUUGCCGAGUUCGAUCUUCCUCGUCCCUCUGUUUUUCGAACCAGAAGAACAUCCUAACAAAAACCCAGAAAACCAUUUUUAUUUCUCUCUCUUAAAUUUUUUUAAAUAAAUAAUUAUUUGUUAUUUUGUAUAUUUUUCUCUGAGCGUAGAAGAAGAAGAAACACAGAGGGAGGGGGAGAGAGAGAGAGAGAGUUGUGUAAAUGGCAGAAGAAGAAAUAGAUAUACCAGAAGGGAGUAUGCAGAAUAUUCUGGACCAAGAAUCUCUGAAGUGGGUCUUCGUGGGUGGUAAAGGCGGUGUGGGCAAGACCACCUGUAGCUCAAUCCUCUCGAUCCUUCUCGCCACCGUUCGAUCAUCCGUGUUGAUCAUCUCCACCGAUCCUGCUCACAACCUCAGUGAUGCCUUUCAGCAGCGAUUCACCAAGAUUCCUACUCUCGUUAAUGGCUUCACCAAUCUCUAUGCUAUGGAAGUUGAUCCAUCAGUUGACAAUGAAGAGAUGGGCAGUGCAGAUGGAAUGGAUGGUUUCGUGUCUGAGCUGGCAAAUGCCAUUCCUGGAAUUGAUGAAGCAAUGAGCUUUGCAGAGAUGCUAAAAUUGGUGCAAACAAUGGAUUAUUCUGUCAUAGUAUUUGACACUGCUCCAACUGGUCAUACACUUCGGCUAUUGCAAUUUCCAUCAACUCUAGAGAAGGGUCUUUCAAAAGUUAUGUCUUUGAAAAAUAAAUUUGGUGGUGUAAUGAGUCAGAUGACCCGCAUGUUUGGUGUCGAUGAUGAUUUUGGAGAGGAUGCAAUUCUGGGAAAGCUUGAGGGCAUGAAAGAUGUGAUUGAGAAAGUCAACCAGCAAUUCAGAGACCCAGAUAUGACAACCUUUGUCUGUGUUUGCAUUCCGGAGUUCCUCUCUCUCUAUGAAACAGAGAGACUAGUCCAGGAACUCACCAAGUUUGAGAUAGACACUCACAACAUUAUCAUUAACCAAGUAAUUUAUGAUGAAGAAGUUGUGGAAUCUAAGUUGCUCAAAGCAAGAAUGCGAAUGCAAAAGAGGUACCUUGACCAGUUCUACAUGCUGUAUGAUGAUUUUCACAUCACCAAGCUGCCAUUGCUGCCAGAAGAGGUUACUGGAGUUGAAGCACUGAAAGAAUUUUCCAAGCAUUUUCUGACACCAUAUAAGCCGCCUAGGUUUACAGGCACGGUGGAAGAAUUAGAGGAAAAAAUAUCCUACUUAAGGCAGCAGUUACAAGAUGCUGAGGCUGAGCUAGAAAGACUCAGAAAGGGAAAGCAAAAAGCCUGAUUAUGCAAAGACUAAGAAAAGGAAAGCAAAUGCUCUUAAUUAUACAACUGCUAGAAGUAUUCCUUCUCUUUUUCACUUAUUGGUUUUGUCUUCCAUCAAAUGGUACCAUCUCCAAUUUAUUGGACCAUCAAAGAAGCUAAAUAUUCUGUUUUACUGCUAAUUAAUUAAUGCUUCAGGUAGUUAGUUUUGUACUUUGAAUUUACCAAUUCUUUUGUUGUACUUUUAGAUUUAAUAAAGUGGGAUAUUUUGUUCUGGACCA